AGCACUUUGCUUCGCAACGCUGUUUACUUACAAUUCUGUUGUGUUCAAGCAGGAACGUACAUUGAUAAGAAAUGCCCCUUCACUGGAACUGUCUCUAUUAGGGGCCGCAUUUUAGCUGGAACUUGCCAUAGUGCUAAGAUGGUCAGAACCAUUAUUGUCAGGAGGAACUACCUACAUUAUGUCAAGAAGUAUCAGAGGUAUGAGAAAAGGCACUCCAACAUUCCUGCCCAUAUUUCUCCUUGCUUUCGUGUGAAGGAGGGAGAUCAUGUUAUUAUUGGCCAAUGCAGGCCAUUGUCGAAGACAGUGAGGUUCAAUGUGUUGAAGGUUAUUCCUGCAGGAUCCUCAACUGGGAAGAAAGCGUUUGCUGGAAUUUAAAUUAUGUAGGCUUCUGCUUUUGAUACAAAAACAGCAUGAAAGAACUAUUUAGAGUUGUUGUAGGCCAUAUUUGAUUCAAGAGGGUUUUGAAGACUUGGCAGUCUGGAUUUUGAUAUCAAUAUGGACUGUUUUAUUCUGUUCUUUUUGUUU